AUGGCAGCGGCGGCCUGUGUUUACACUGUGGUGAGGAACAUUCCGCCGGGGCUCCGCGCCGCUGAUCUCCGGCAAUAUUUCUCACAGUUCACCGAGAGCGGCGGCUUCAGCUGCUUUCACUACCGGCAUCGGCCCGAGCGGCAGCACCACCGAGCCUCGGGUCAAGAAGGGCAGGACGGUGGCUUGACCUGCUGUUGUGUGGUGAGGCUGCCGGCCGACCGGGCCUCCCACUUCUUGCGGAUGUACGACGGCAGCCAGUGGGUGGACAGGGCCGGGGACUCGCUGCAGAGACGCUGCUGCAUCCGCAUCGUCAGGGUCGGGGAGGCGGCAGAUUCUGACAUUUCAUACAGAACAAGAAAGGAACUGCGGAGUCGGAGAGCACUGAGUGAAACUUUCACAAUUGAAGAUCUGUCCAGAUUGCCAGAAUUAAACCCUCCAGCAGUAAUGCCCAAUGGGAAUGUGGGAACUCCACUGAGGGUCUUCCUGGAAUUGAUCCAAGCAUGUCGUUUGCCUCCCCGUAUCAUCACCAAGCUCUGUCUGAAAUUCCCGAAGACCAGCUCUAAUAGGCGUUAUGGGAAUGUUCCUUUUCUGUAUCAGAAUUCGACCACGGUGCGUGUGAAAGGAAGGACUGAGAUAGAAGCAGCAGAAGAGAACACACAGCAAGAUUCAACUGCUCACUUACUGGAGUUGCAAGAGGCAGGACAUGAGAAAUCUCCAGAGGAAGAGGAGUCCCAUUCAGAGGAUGAUGAUGAUGAGUGUGAGGAAUGGGAGAGACAUGAGGCAUUGUAUGAGGAUGUUACAGCCCAGGAUCGGACAAAGGAGCGACUGUUUGAGGAAGAGAUUGAGCUGAAGUGGGAGAAAGGAGGUUCUGGCCUUGUGUUUUACACAGAUGCACAGUUUUGGCAAGAGAAAAGAGAUUUUGAUGAGGAGACCGCAGAUGACUGGGAUGUUGAUAUGAGUGUGUACUACAACAAAGGACAACCAGGAAGGAGAGAUGGAGGUGAUAAGGAUUCUCAGGAUUAUGUACAGAUGAGGCUGGAACAGCGGCUGAGGGAGGGGCUUGAGAGUGUAUCUGUGCAGUCCCCUCGUAUUGGAGGCUUUGAGCGUUACACCAAGGGAAUAGGCAGGAAGGUGAUGGAAAAGCAGGGAUGGAAGGAUGGUCAAGGCCUUGGCUGUAGCAGCUCUGGAUUGGCUGAUGCUCUGGACAACGAUGGGCAGAAUCCAAAGUGUAAGCGAGGAUUCGGGUAUCAUGGAGAAAGAAUCCAGAAUUUUCAGCCAGUGAAGAAACCAUAUCGACAGACCAGGCACCUGAUUUCAACAGUAUAUGAUGAGCCCGAGGAGAUAGACCAAGGUGACACCUUGCUCCGGAGACAGCCAGUGACCAGCAUGAAGUACAGAGAGGACAUAAAGUUUGUUAAAGCAAAAGAGCCUGGACACCACACACAAUAACUUGGCAGUGGCUUUCUACACCUGCUGGUGCAUCCUAGGUGGAAUCUAGUUUUGUGGAUAAUGAUGCUAGAUUCAAUUUUUUGACAGUUUGACGAUGUAGCAAGGAGCUAGUAGAGUCACUGCCUUCCUGACCUCAGAUGCUGUCUGUGUGGAGUCUGCACAUUGUUCCUGUUACUGUGUGGGUUUCCUCAAGGUGCUCCAGUUUCCUCCAACAACCCAAAGAUGUGCAGGUUAAAUGGUCAUUGUAAGUUGCCCCUAGUGUAGGUAAGUGGUAGAAUCUGGAGGGAGUUAAAGAGAUGUGGGGAGAAUAAAAUAUUAAUGCAGGAUUUGUGUAAAAUGGGCAAUUGAUGGUCAGUGUGGACUCGAAGGGCCUAUUUUCAUGCAGUAUCUGUCAAGAUCAGGAAGCGUAGUUAGCGAAAGGAAAUGAAUUUCCUUGUUUCAGGGUGCCCUGUAUCCCAUUUGGGGGUUGAGCACAACACCAGAAUAAGGACAGGCAAGAAGAGUUCUCGUACAAAAAUAUUUUAUUGAACUGCUGGUAGUUCAGGCCAAGCCUUUAACUUCAUCACUUGUGCAACUACACACCCUGUAAUGCAUCCCUUCGCAUAAUAAGAAUUAUCAGACGAAUUUCCCCAGUUGAACUUUGGGGCCCCAACCCUGAUCUGGUUUUAUUAUUUAUCAACAGAAUUUCUAUGUCCUUAGUCUCCUUCCCAGAUUCUCUCCAAGAUCUUCUCCCCAACCUCCCUCAUUUUUCUUGGAGGAACCAGCAGAUCAGUUUUUACAUAUUUUCACUUUUGUUUUACCUCACAUUGGUGAACUAUAUUUUACCUGAAUAACUUGCCUCUCAAAGAACCUGAGUGGACCAAAGAGUAAUUUGCAGAGUUUUCUCUCAAGGACUGGAGUAAUUGAACUGUUAUAACUUUUAUUAUAAUCAGGCCAAAAUGACAUCAGCUGAAUAGCUGUUGGCAAUUGCCCUCAAGGAUACUAUGAUCACACAUAUCCAGAGAAGCGGCAUCCUCCUUCCCAUUUGGUGUCUUUGACUGCAGGUGAUGAAGACAAAACAGAAUGUCAAUUCCAAUUGCGUGCCUUCCACUCAGCUAUAUAAUCUUGCUUGCAACAUUUCUUUGUGGGGUGGAAACAGCUUUCUCUGCCAAAGAUUUGAUGAUAUGAUUACAGGAGGGAUUCUGCUGGCUGAACUACGCCACCUGGUGUGGACUAAUUUUCAGGCUGCUGAUUGUGGUAUGGGUCUGCACAAUAGUGGUUGCUUGGGUAAUGUGGCUAUUGGUGCUUUUUAACAUCCCAUAAAAAGGGAUAAAAGUUUUGGAUCAAAUUCCUGAUGGUUCCUUUGGGCUUUCUUUGUCCCCAGUCUGAACAAUUUGAUUUGAUUAAUUUGUUACCAAUUUCUUGGAUAAUUAGACUGCAUAUACCAUGGGACUGGCCAACUCCACAAUAUUAUAUAUACCCUUGUAUAAGGGUUUGAAUACUGUACUAGUGCAUAAUUUCAUACAAGUGCCUGAUCUCCAGUGUCCCACCACUGGGGCUUGUGGAGAAAUAAUUAUUUCAAUAUUUCUGUUUCAUCUCAUGGGCCUUUAUAGGGUUUCUCACAGAUCUUAAUAGUCAAUAGUAAUGGGGAUGAAAUACCUGGUGUCAUUUUGUGAUUGUUAUUUUGUCUUCUUUCUUGGGCUAAUUUCAGAAUUCAGUUCCUCUUUUUCACCUUGCUGGAGGACUGAGGAUUCAGAGUAGCAUGCAUGGCCUGGCCCAUAAAGUGGCUCCCUUGAUUCAGUCCUACCACCCUCUUGAGAAUACAGGUUGUCACAUCGUGUCUGCAGUUCCUAGAUCACAGAUGCUGUGGAUGAAGCUCUCCAUUUUGCAGGCAAGAUUAGCACAAAAUGGUCUUUGCAGGGCUUGCAUCUUCCCCAAAACAAACCAGUCAAUGUGGUCACUAUUAGGAAAGCUCCUGGAGUCACAGAGCAUGGUUUGAGCUACAAUCUAGCUAUACUUUUCUCCCAUCCUUUCUUCCCUAACUGCCCAACCAACUCUCCUGAGUCAGUAUGAAGUAUCUAAUAUGAAUCAGAAUAAGGUUAUUUUCAGAUUUCUAACCUUAAUCAGGGAUUGUGCAUGUGAGCUCAUCCUCCAACCCUGGGUUAGGCAUAUUGUUAAAUAUCUCAGAGACACGUGAGACUACAGAUGCUGGAAUCUGGUGUGACAAACAAUCUGCUGGAAGAACUCAGCAGGUUGUGAGGGGGUGGGGUGAAGGAAUUGUCAACAUUUCAGGUUGAAACCCUGCAUCAGCAUGGUCCUGAUGCAGGGUUUCUACCCGAAAUCUUGACAAUUCUUUCUCCCCCACAGAUGCUGCUUGACCCACUGAGUUCCUCCAGCAGAUUGCUAGUGACUAAAUACUUACUUCAAAUGGAUCCUGCAUAUUGUUCUACAUCAUGGGGAGAGAUCUUAGAACCAUAUGCACAUUCUUACUGUGAGGACAGUAUUGUAAUUAGAACCUUUUUAAUGUAAAUAAGAACUUUGUAUAUUGUUUAAUUGUAGAAAAGAAUAUUUUGUACAUAAAUUUUUUCACAUUGUUUUAUUUAAAUAAAUAUUUAAUUAACCUUA